UUUUCAAACGUGCGCCUGCGCUUUAUGUAGUCGGAAAAAAUGGCCGAUGAGGUCCAACUGGCACAGACGGCUCAGGCCGGCGAAGACACUAUUUUUGGUAAAAUAUUGAGAAAAGAGAUCCCCUGCAAUUUUAUCUAUGAAGACCACUUGUGUGUUGCAUUUGACGACAUCGCCCCACAGGCACCAGUUCAUUACCUGGUGAUACCUAGAAAACCAAUUUCUCAACUCUCCAAAGCUGAGGAUAGUGAUGAACAAUUACUGGGUCAUCUGUUGAUUGUUGCAAGGAAGAUUGCUCAGAAAAGGAACUUGAAAAAUGGAUUCAGGAUCGUUAUUAACGACGGACCCAUCGGAGCCCAAUCGGUCUACCACUUGCAUGUACAUGUUUUGUCUGGAAGACAGCUUCAAUGGCCUCCAGGAUAAUUUUUUAGUUGUAAUAACUGAAGGCGACUAAUAAACUUUCAAUUAUU